AUCUGGGCAUAAAGAAAGUUUACUUCGUCUGAAUUGAAAUUAGCAUCAAAAUCCGUUAAUCGAUCACUUCUCUGACUUUCGAUUCAUUGAAUCCCUUUCUCCUUCGAAAUCAAUCGAUCAGCUCUCUUUUCCUUAAAUUUUAAUCCAAUUUAUUAUUUAAUUGAUGCUAUGAAGUUUUUUUUAUUAAUUUUAAUUCCUUUUUCAUUGAUUUCAAUACGGUGUCAUAUAGUUGUUCAGGGUUUCAAUUUUGUUUAGAUUAAUUAUUUGUUAUGUUAUAUAAUGUCUUUUUUUAUGGAUAAAGAAAAAGGGGAAACAAUUUUCUUUCUUUAAAAAAAAAAUCUUUUAAAUGUUGAAAGAUAGAAUAUUGCAGUUUUAAAGAAUGUUAGACUCGGUUGAUUAUUCCUGGAUGAACUAAAUGAGCUAAUUGUUGAAUUUUGUUUAUACAACUAAUAAGAUCAUAAUUUUAAUUGAUUGAUUUUUAUCUGCAAAUCCAAGACUAACCAUUUGUAACAACUAAAAAUUGAUAAAACUAUGACAUAACAAUAGAAAUUAACUACAUUGCAUUCUUUUUUUUUUUUUGGUUUUUCCUAGAGCAAUAUGUAUUUGGAGAAGAGAUGGAAGAACAUAGCGAAUAUGAGGAAACCUCAUUCACUGGUAGACUUUUGUGUUAGGACGGGGAUAGAUAACGUAAGAUACCUUGGGGAUGUCGGUGAGACAGAUUCACAUCUUCUUGAGCGUAUUCUACCCCAUUGUACAGUGGAUCAAUUAUUGCACGUGGAAAAGAGUACAAAAGGAAGGGAUCUUACUCCAGUAACUGAUAAACUUUGGAAGAAUUUCUAUGAGCUACAGUUUGGUCAUCAGAAUAUGACUCUUGUAAUUGAGAGGAUGAAGCUCAAGAAAGUUUCAUUUAGAUGGAGACAGUUGUAUGAGGCAAAAUUGAAGGAUUUUCAGGAGGCUGAGAACAAAGCAAGUGAUCGGCUUAAGCAGCUAUACAAGAAAGAAGAUGCUCGAAAACAAAGUCGGCAGGUUCAGCUUUGCACUAAGGUUCCACCUUCAACCAAAAGAAGCUUUUAUGCUGGUAACAUUCUUUGUACCUCAAAAGCUUGGUUGUUUGAUCUAGUCCAUUGGUCUCGUAUAUUGGAAUAUUUGCAACUUUGGUCUUUGUGCUUGAUAAUUAAAGAGGGCAUUUCAUGAAUUGUUGGCUUUAUUUAUAAAGUCUUAAUAAUCCUUUUUAGAAAUAAUCCUUUUUAGAAUCUUAUAUCUGUAUAUUAUCUCUUUUAUGAACUUGCAUACCACCGAUUGGGUCAUGCUAGCAUAAGAUGCAACUUUUACCUAUUUUGUGAAAUAAUCAAUUAUCACAAAGAUAAAUCUAUGCCCAUUUGAAGCUUUCGGGGUAAUGGGACCGAUGACAUCCAUGCCUUACAUAGAAAAUAGCCAUAGAGGUGCUAAAACUUACAAAGCUGAUGGAAGAGCAUAAAUCUUGUCAGCAUAAAUCUGACACUUAUGACAUCUUCUGACAUAAUCAAUAUAGUCAUUUUUCAUUGUCAACUAAUAAUAGCCAGCACCCAUAAUUUAUCUAGCCAUUAUGUGACCAUUCGCAUGUGCCCCCCAAACCCCAUCAUGUAUUUUUCAAUAAUUUUUUUUGCUUCAACUACAUUUACACAUCUUAAAAGUACCUUAUCUUGGCUUCUUUGUAAAAAACAUCUCCAUCAAGAAAGAAACUCAUAGCCAAACUUCUAAUGAUCCUUUUAUCAUUUUUUAUUGCAUGCUCUUGGUAUUGUUGACUUUUGAUAUAUUGAAGAAUAUCAUGAUACCAUGGUUUCCCAUCAACUUCUUCUUCGACACCUGAGUAAUGUGCUAGUACAUCUUUUAUGUCCAGCUUGAUGGGUUGGAUCUUGAUAUUUGCAUCUAUUUUAAUCAUUGCAGCCAAAAUGACCAGUGCAUCAGUAAUUUGGUUCUCCUCUUUAAGUAGAUACUCAAAUUAAAUUUCUUCAAACUGCUUGACUAACUCAGAGAUGUAUUUAUGGUAGCAGAUCAACUUUGAAUCUCUUGUUUCUCAUUCACCUCGUAAGUUAUAAACAACUAGUGCUAAAUCUCCAAACAUAUCCAACAUUUUGAUCUUUCUUUCAAUUGUUUCUUGUAAACCUAUAACAAAAAUCUCGUAUUCAGCCAUAUUAUUUGAGUAGUUGAAAUUCAAUCUAGUUAUGAUGGGAUAAUAAUGUCCAUUAGGAAAUAUUAAAAUUACCCUAAUACCAUGACCUAAAGCAUUAGCAGCUCUAUCAAAAUACAUCCUCAAAAACUUCUUAACAAUUUCAUUUUCUUCAAUGACUAUCACAUCUUCAUCAAAAAAUCAAGCUUUAUUGGUUCAUAAUCUUUAGCCACAUGAUCGGCAAUGAACUCAGUUAUUGCACUCUUUUUAAUAACCUUUUGAGUUACAUAGACAAUAUCAUAUUUUGAAAGCAUAACUUGCCAUCGUACUAUUCUUCCUAUCAAUGAAAGUUUUUCGAAGAUAUACUUGAUAAGGUCUAACUUUGCUAUAAGCUAAAUAGUGU